AUCCCGACCCGAGAUUCCGAGAGGACGUAGAAGAAGAAGAAGAAGAAGAAGGAGCAGGUAUCUUAGCCUUCUACCCGACGCCGUAUUCGAGUAUACCCGGUUGAUAAGUCGAACAUUCGGAAGCAUGCAGAUCUUCAGCAUUGCCACGAUACUCCUGGUGAGUCAGGCAGCAAGGACGCACGCCUUCUCUCUCGGCCUCCAUGCAGCCACGGGCGGAUCAAUCCAAACCACGCCCAUACCCAUCUUGGUGGAUGAAAGGACCAACGUCGAUUCCCUCGGAGGGUAUGGAUUCAGGAUCCAAACCGGAAACGGCAUUUCCUGGUCGGAGUCAGCAGCCCCCAUCGGACCUUUGGGUCAACCAGUCACAAAUGGAGCCUAUUCCUUCACCCAUCCGGACGGUACCGUCCAUCACAUGACGUACACAGCUGAUGCAGCUGGAUUUCACCCGGUGUCCAACAUGAUCCCAACUCCGUUUCCUCUGGAACCGUGGCAGCUGGAACAGGUCCGCUUCGCCGAAGAGCAAAGGAGACUUCAGGAGCAAUCAGGAGUCACCCAGUAACUUGCUGCUUGAAUAUUGACUCGUCGUAUUACGCUUCCGUUUUUCUUACUCUUUCCUAAAAACAUUCUUUAAAACUUUGUUGUUUUUCUUUUUGUUUAUUGUUUUUUAAAUAAUUUUUUUUAAUGAAAGGUCGAAUAAAGAUUGUCUUAAAAAGUUA